UACGCGCACCAAUAUGGUUUGCUUUGGGGGAGGGAAACAAACAGAGAAUAAACAGAGUGGGAGAGGAAGAGUAGUGAGAAAGAUGUAUGAGAACGAGAACGAUGGGAGGAUGGAGGGAUGGCUGUAUUUGAUUCGUUCUAACCGGAUUGGAUUGCAGUACUCGAGAAAACGGUACUUCGUUCUUCAAGAUCACGUCCUCAGGAGCUUCAAAUCAAUGCCUGUUUCUAAUGAUAAGGAUCCUGUCAGAAGUGCAAUUAUAGAUUCCUGCAUUCGAGUUAUGGACAAUGGGAGAGAGAGCAUUCAUAGAAAAGUUUUCUUCAUAUUCACGCUUUAUAAUACUUCUAAUCACAAUGAUCAAUUGAAGCUGGGAGCAAGCAGUCCUGAAGAAGCAGCAAGGUGGAUUCAUUCCUUUCAGGAAACAGCCUUGAAGGGUGCUCCCAACCCAGGAAAUAAUGCUGGUUGUUCGAAGAGCAGCUGGCAGUCCUUUAGAUUGAGUGGCUUCGCUAGGGAAAAUCCCUCAAAUUCAAUAGAUUGGACUCUUUGUUCUUCCACUCGCAUUGAUCCCUUGACAUCUGAUGUUGUUGCACCUUCACGAUGGACUAUCUUUGGGUGUCAGAAUGGUCUUCGUCUAUUUAAAGAAGCGAAGUACAGGGAUUCUCAUGGGAAGUGGGAUGAUCAUCCGGCAAUAAUGGCUGUGGGUGUGGUUGAUGGAACAUCAGAAGCCAUUUUUCGAACACUUAUAUCCCUUGGUCCCUCAAGAUCAGAAUGGGACUUCUGUUUUCUCAAAGGGAGUGUGGUUGAGCACCUUGAUGGUCACACGGAUAUUAUUCACAAACAGUUAUAUAGUGAUUGGUUACCAUGGGGAAUGAAACGUAGAGACCUUCUUUUGCGACGCUAUUGGCGAAGGGAAGAUGAUGGAACAUAUGUUAUCCUCUACCAUUCGCUGUUUCACAAGAAGUGUCUGCCGCAGAAAGGCUAUGUCCGUGCCUGCCUUAAAAGUGGCGGAUACGUUAUAUCUCCUGUGAGCCAAGGCAGACAAUCAGUGGUAAAGCACAUGCUUGCUAUUGAUUGGAAAUGCUGGAAAUCGUAUCUUAAACCUUCCUCGGCUAGAUCUAUUACUAUCCGAAUGCUUGGGAGAGUAGCUGCAUUGCGCGAGUUGUUUAAGGCAAAACUAGGAAAUUGUCAUUCCUCUGAUCCAUCACGGGAGUUGGCCAGAAGUUUUAGGUUGGACCAAGGUGAAGAGGCAUGCAAGGUUAAUGGCCAAAUACUGCCUGCGGAGGGGAACACUAAGGAAUCUGUAAGUGUGGAGUUGGAUAGAAAGCCUUCAGACCAUGCAAGCCUUGUUGGCUUAAAUGAUGCUGCUGAUGAGUUUUUUGACUUUCCCGAACCAUCUGACUAUGACCAUUCAGAAGAUGGUUGGACUUAUGAGCAUGUUUCAGAUAUUCACUCUCAGGAUACUCGUCCACCAAAGUUAUCGACAGCUGCUGGUUUUGUCAAGAAGUUGCAUGACCUUGCAGUUCAGAAGAGAGGUUACAUGGACUUAGUUCAAGAUAUGGCAAGGGAAGACAGUAUUUCAUACUGCUAUGGGACCACUCUUCCUAAAGAUCCUACCUGUUCAGUACCUUCCAGUUGGGCAAUGGCUGAUCCUUCCAGCUUUUUAAUUCGUGGAAAGACUUACCUUAAAGACCGUCUAAAGGUCAAGGCAAAGGGCACGUUGAUGCAAAUGGUUGCUGCAGACUGGCUUAGAUCUGACAAGCGAGAAGAUGAUCUUGGAGGUCGUCCUGGGAGCAUUGUUCAGAAAUAUGCAGCACAGGGUGGACCAGAGUUCUUCUUUAUUAUAAACAUACAGGUCCCAGGUUCAACAACAUAUAGCCUUGCACUAUAUUAUAUGAUGAAUUCACCCGUGGAAGAUGCCCCAUUGCUGGAGAGCUUUAUCAAGGGAGAUGAUGCUUAUAGAAAUUCAAGGUUUAAGCUCAUACCUUACAUAUCUAAGGGCUCAUGGAUAGUAAGGCAGAGUGUGGGCAAGAAAGCAUGCCUGAUAGGUCAAGCUUUGGAAAUUAAUUAUUUUCAUGGAAAGAACUACCUGGAGCUUGGGAUUGAUAUUGGAUCAUCAACAGUUGCAAGGGGUGUGGUUAGUCUUGUUCUUGGUUACCUCAACAAUUUGGUUAUUGAAAUGUCAUUUUUGAUUCAGGCUAAUACUCAAGAGGAACUUCCAGAGUACCUACUGGGAACCUGCCGGCUUAAUCAUCUAGAUGCCGCUAAAUCAAUUUUGUUGAGACCAUGAUAUCUUUCAAUCAUGUGUCACUUGGUGAAGACUCAACCGGAAGUUGGGUUUGCAUAGUCUUCAAAGAUAAAUCACAUCGAGGGUCAUGGUAGGAUGUGUAUGCUCCAACUUGCGAAAGGUCGAUUCUUUUAUUCAAUCAGAUUAAUAUUUUUAUAUACGGCUUGUAUAUAUCACUAGGAUGGAAGAAGACCCAUUGUUGUAAAGACGAUGUUGUUAAUUAGUGAUCAAUUAUCAUUCGGUA